GAGCUACAACCUGGAAUUAAAUUCCUAAUUAUAGUAAAUAGAAAUGAUCAGUUUUUUAAGAUGUUUUCAAGGCAAGACCAUGUCAGUACCAACACAUUUUGUAUUAAAUCUAUUUAAAGCUAGGUUGAUAUAGAUAUAUACAGCAAACAUGUUAAACCAUAUGCUCACUAAAUCCUGCUCAAACUGGAUUCAAACGUUUCUUCCUCACGCCAGAUCAGUUUCAGCUGUUCAAAUCAAUAGUCACAAAGAACAGAAAGUCCAGAAGAGACCCAAAUCUGAAAUUUCAUUACAAGUGAGUCCAUUUUUCAUUUGAUCACAUAUAAAGAUCUCCUUUGAUAUUCCUUAACAGUGGUUUAACUUUUAGAUUGGAUUGGACCGAUUCUACAUGCCCAUACAAGAUUUAAAAGGUGCUUUUUAGGCGUCAUUCACAGAAAAAAAGGUUCAAGGGGGGAGCUGACAGGUCAAGUGGUGUUCAAGGGGGAGAAUUUACCAUCAUGGUUACAACAAAAGCCCUUUCGCGGAGAUAAUAACAUUUACUUUCACAAACGUGUCAAAGAUGUAAGAGAUUACAUACCAACGCUGAAUCAAAGCUGUGCUCUCCUGUCUCCACAUGGCUGACACGGGGCCGCAGCCCUGCUGACGGUGGCGUGAGAGGAGGAGUCCGCAGCAUCCGCAAAUGUUCAAACAAGUCACAGUCUCCAGCUCCAGAAAAGACAUUUCGUUUCAUCGUGUGGGCUCGAGCAGUCUGAACUGAUAGGGGAGAUUUGGGAACUGACGGGUACGGAGGAGGACGUUUUAUGGAUCUCCGCGCUGGACAGGUUGCAUCUGUUGGAAGGAAGACGGCUUUUCACCCGGACAAACGCGCCAGGUCUCCGGGCAGCUGUGCUGUGUUGACUUCAUUGCUCCCCCGGCAGGCAAGACGUGCUUAUUAAAUGGCUGAAAUUAGUAGUGUUAAUAACUGCUCGUUAGACUGGAUACGCUGAUGGGUCCAACAACUAAACAACUGCUCGCUUGAUUUUUCCCUCCAAGUUUUUCCUUUUUCGCAACAAGUCAGCCUGCAAACUAGAAGUCCGUCAGACAUGGAAAUUACCAACAGGUCGCUGCAUAACCCCUACAUCCUCCACAUGGAGCUCGGCCCGCUAAAUGACUUUAUAGAGGAGAACGAAACCAACCUCACCACCGGAGAGCGAAACUCUUUGGGCUGCGUGCAGAUCCUCAUCCCCCAGGAGCUCUUCCUGGCUCUGGGGCUCAUCAGCCUGGUGGAGAACAUCCUGGUGAUUCUGGCCAUCAUCAAGAACCGCAAUCUGCACUCGCCCAUGUACUACUUCAUCUGCUGCCUGGCCGUGUCCGAUCUGUUGGUGAGUGUGAGCAACGUGGUGGAGACCAUCUUCAUGCUUCUCAACGACCACGGCCUGAUGGACGCGCACCCUGGCAUGCUGCGCCACCUGGACAAUGUGAUCGACGUGAUGAUCUGCAGCUCCGUGGUGUCUUCGCUCUCCUUUCUGUGCACCAUCGCCGCGGAUCGCUACAUCACAAUCUUUUACGCGCUGCGCUAUCACAGCAUCAUGACCACGCAGCGCGCCGUCAUCAUCAUCGUGGUGGUGUGGCUGGCCAGCAUCACCUCCAGUAUCCUCUUCAUCGUGUACCACACCGACAACGCCGUCAUCGUGUGCCUCGUGACCUUCUUCUGCACAACCCUGGUGUUUAACGCCGUGCUGUACCUGCACAUGUUCCUCCUGGCGCACGUGCACUCCCGACGCAUCAUGGCUGUCAACAAAAGCAGGCGCCAAUCCACGAGCAUGAAGGGAGCGAUUACCCUCACCAUCCUGCUCGGAGUCUUCAUUUUAUGCUGGGGCCCCUUCUUCCUCCACCUCAUCCUCAUCCUCACCUGCCCCACCAGCCCCUUCUGCAACUGUUUCUUCAGAAACUUCAACCUUUUCCUCAUCCUCAUCAUCUGUAACUCGCUCAUCGAUCCGCUCAUCUACGCCUACCGGAGCCAGGAGCUGCGUAAAACCCUGCAGGAGCUGGUCCUGUGCUCUUGGUGCUUCGGCGUGUGACACCAUGUAGGCCGACAUUUGUCAAGGUUAUCAAGAAUGUUCUUUCUGGAUCGCCAUUUUGUCAGUGGCUGAUUUGUGCUGAAAUGCUGUAAAAGUGCUGUUCACAAAACUUUGUAUCUCUAGUCAAGACUCACUGUGGAUUUUACGAUUAUUUUCAGACAUGGUUUCACUCUUAUUUAUUGCUGCGUUACGCUGCAGCGUGCAGCGUACGGGACACGGACACUGGACAUUUAACCCAGCAAUGACUCUCUUAAACUAACAGAGAGCUCAUUAGACUGGUAACUCUUUUAGACAGGAGUCAGUCAGCUACUGGACCACACUGUAGCCUAAUUAACAAACGUUUAAUUUUUGUUAAACCAAGUAGAAAUCUUUAAAAAGCCUUUCCUUCUGCAAAUCGUGUCAAGUGUGGGUUUCUUAAAGUGCCUUAUUGUUGGUGGAAAUGUGAUCUGUUUUAAAUGCCUUGAAAAGCUACGUUUAGGAAAUCGUGUAAAUAAACAGAUUUUAUUUCGCUUUGGAAAAAAAAACCUGAGCAAAUGCCUUUGUAUUAUGUCAAAAGUUGGCUCGUUUUCUUAAGGAGUUGUUAGGCCUGUUUAAAGUCAACUAAACUCAAAGCUUGACAAAACGCGCCGUUAAGAUAUUGUGUGUUGGAGAAAAGUAUGUUGUAAAAAGUGUUGAGUGAUUUUAAUAAUGUCUGGGACCUGGAACUUCCUUGAGUCAUUUUAAGGCCGACCGUUUCCUCUUGUUAAUUCGUCAAGUUAAGACAGCGCAAACUAUUAAGGCGCGAUGCAAGAAGGGCCUUAAAAUCACUGGAAACACCUAAAAAACAUGUUCGUUGCAGUGUGUUUGUUGGCGUUGCGUGUAAAUUAGGUCUAACAACCCCCAAAAUAAAUGUCUCGAUGACUGAAGAAAAAAGAGGAUGUGCUAAAUCACAUGAGCGGCCUUGUUUGUGGUAUGCCAAUUGCCAAGGGCUUGAGGGAGUUUAUGAAAGAGGGCAUAACGAAGUUACUUUUCUUGGAGUUCUGUGUGGUUUGCGUGAAAUGUGCAAAUGGGGACGGUUUCUGAAACGGGAAACGGGUUGGCGCCUGAUUUAAGUUAUGUACUUCCAAGGAGCGAGACCUUGGCUUAAUGGUCCAUUUGAAAAUAAAGACUUUUUUUUUUCCACC